AUGAGGAGAAGCUCCGUCGUCGUUUCCGAUCGCUCCGUCUUGGUUUGCCCUAAACCUCGCCGUGUCGCUGCUCUCAACCACCACUCUUCUCGAUCUCUCCGAUGGCCAGUCAGUCACCAGAUGGAGUUAUCCGAUUCGAAUUCGAGAAGCGAGAUUUUGGAUUUCAUCCUCGCAAAGGGUGGUGGUGGUUGUGAGCAAGAUCCGGCGAGGUCGGUGACUUCAUCGCCGCCUUUGUUCUUCUCCGGUUCACCGCCGAGUAGAGUAUCUAACCCACUAACAAAAGAUUCACUCUUUAGAGAGGAGCUUCUCGUGGUGGCUCCUCCUCUUCCAUCGACUCCACGAGCAACCAAACCGCAGCCGCCGCCUUCUCCAAGGAACGGCGGCGGUUGCGUUAGGGCGACCGCGAACUACGGGAACAAUCCCGCGGUUCGUGUCGUGGGAUUCAAUUGUCUUGACAGGGACAGACGCAGCAGCGUUUCGACUGUUGCAUAA